CUGAAACCUGUAGUUUGAUCGACACCAUUGCAAACGACAGACACGAUGGAGAAAGUCAUUUUCUUCUUCUGUGUAUUUUCUUAUUGGAUUACGCAAAUCACAUCCAAUGAUGCAUCAGUGCGAGGAUCUUCUGAUCCGUUAAGAGUUCAAAUGGAAGAAAGCAUCAGUCUGAACUGCAGCAUGACAAACCAAUAUGAAAUUGCCUGGUAUCACCUCAGAUCCGAACAACUGGAUCAACUGAUUGCAGCAGAAAAGGAUGAAACAGGAAGAAAACUUCUGGUCACCUACAAUCAAAACAGCAUUCGUCUGAAAAUUACUGCAGACUGGCGGAUCACCACAGUGACUUUAAUUAUUUCUGGAGUAACAGCGUCAGAUUCAGGUCUUUAUUUCUGUGGAACAAAGUCUGGCACUACAGAGAUGUACUUCAACAAACCCUUCAGACUAGAGAUCGAGGGUCUUUCUGUAACAGAAGAACCAAAAGAAGUUGACAUCACAGAUGGAGUGACUACAAAAGAGAGAGCAUUGAUGUUCGGUGGUGUUGGUCUGGCUGUGUUUGUGUUUUUUCUGGCUACAGUCAUCGCAGGAGGAAUCAUUCACUAUCGCAGUUGGCAGAAAGGAUGGGCUGCAGCCAAACGCUCAUCUCUGAUUAAUCACAAAUCAGUUAAAUAACACAUUUAUGUGCUUUAUUUUACAGUCUGAGCUUUGCACUGCCAGUUAAAUCAGCAUUACUGCAGGUUACCACAAAAUAAAACAGAAAACUGUGGCCUAGAUGCUUUUCCUGUUGACCAGAUCUGCUUUCAGAGAAACUGAGAUGUUGCGCAAAUGUUGGCUUUUUCAGCACCAGUGAAAAUUAAACAGAUUUAAAUAUUUGUGGUUAUUAUUCAAGUUUGUGUGGUUCAUUUGUGCUUCUCAGUGCUGUUACUGCUACUCUUUUUAAUGCAACAUAAUUCAAUAUCAAUACACAAUAUUCAAGAUAGAGUAGCAUUUUUUAAGCAUUUUUACAUUAAUAUAAAGAUUCAGCCAAUGUCCUUAUUAAAAAGAAACAGCUUCUGUCAGCCAAUAUGAGCAAAAAUAUCAUUAGACCAGCAGGACUUAUGUUAAAAAAGUGUCUGGCUGUAUCUUUACACAUGGUUUAUAUAGACUAGCAUUAAUAUGCAUAUGUAAGCUAUUUUCAAGAGAAAAUAUAGCCUACAUGUAAAUCUCUUCUGUGGCACAUAAAUCUUGAUUAAAUGAAAAUGUCAACAGAUGUCUCAAUGUUAAAUGUAUUAUUUAGAGUUCAAAUAAACAGCGG